CAGAAACACACUGUUGUCACUCCGUCCGUUGUUGUCGGUAUACAGUUCACAGUAGUCCACCAUUGUACGCCCCUACCGCCGACGCCACCAUAAGUUUAGUAAUAAAAUUAUUAUUAUUAUUUUUCCGCAUUUUGGUAUUUGGCGGCUGCUGGUAAAAGUAUUUUCUUCUGUUGUUGCUUUUACCUUCGUAAUUUCGAUCGCUUUCAUGGUGCCCUGACAUAGCCGGAAGACUCGCACGUUUCAGCAGCAGCCGAUGCUGAUGACCACUUACGCAUUCACCGUUGUUAGCAAAGUUCCCUAUUUUGAAUCUCCGUUGUGUUACCCCAUCGUGUAGUAUGCGCCCUUAAUUAUGUGAAUCGUCCGUCGUGUCGGACAUGCGUCAACACGUAAUAUGAGCAGCACCGGACUUGAUCUUAAAGUUGUCAAAAGUGCUAUCAACAAUUUUGGUAACAAUUAUUUACAAUGUUCUCGGUGGGCCUGACUGGAGGUGGCGAUUCGAAUCCACAGCUGAAGUGUGAUAUAUUUCAACUUAUUAAGUUGUUCCCUACUGCAAAAUAUCAACUACCAUUGGAAGAGUAUACGAAGAAAUAUUCACGCUUACCGCUAGGUGCUGAUCCUAGUAAUUAUUUUAGAAUUCGACUUACACCCAUUAUGGAUCCAGACACCAAAAAAAUUACUGGAACACUCAUAUUGCCUACACAUCAGAUUUUUAAUAACCCAAAUAUAUCAAUUACUCCAAGUUUACCAUUAGUGAAACAACCUGCAAUAGCUUCUGCCAGCCGACCACCAUGGAGUGUGCCAGUAUCACCUCCAGUUUCAAUUGUACCUCUGUCUUGUGAGCCAGACAAAUCUGCUCCUAAUAGUAAAGAAACUCAAAAAAAUUCUAAAAGAACUGCAUCAUAUCCAAUUUCUAAUCGGACAAUUAAAAAGCCUAGACUCUCAAUUACUAAACCGACCAAGCCUCGUAAAGAUUACAAUCCUGUUAUAUCAAACCAAGUUGUAAAUCAUCAAAUAAAGAAAAAUGAUACAAUAGUUUCUAGUACUAAUGCAGCGACAUGUAUCCCUUCAACGUCAAAUGCUGUUAUUCGAUCUUCUCAAGAGAUCCCUUGUGUACAGUCUUCAAAUGAAGAACUACAAUUACCAAAACCAGAAUUGAAUUGUAAGGAGGAUUCUUCACAUUUAAAUAUUAAUAAAAAUGAGGAUGGAAUCUUAAAGAAGUAUUUCUUUAUGACGGACAAUCAGUUCAAGUUCGAUGAUAUUGGCAAUAAAAGUGGAUUUACAAACUCAAACCAGGAAAUUCUUCGAAUACAGACUAAAAAUGAAAUGUUUGAGAUUACAAGACCAGAGAUGAUGGAUCAACUUCUCAUUGCUAUGGGUAUGGUCAUGAAAAAGACAGUUAGUAAAGAAGAAUUAGAAACUCUAAAACAAAAUUCAGAUGUCUUACAACCCCCUAAAUUUGAUUGGUCUUCUGAAACAAAAAGUGUCACUGCAACUAGUACUAAGACAAGCCCAACUAGUCACAAUAAUAUUUCCAACUCAAAAAAUCAAUCCAAUCAAGUCAGUAUUAAUAAAUCACAGAUUCAUACAAUAAAUCAACAACCACCGUCUAAACAAACAAUUAAAAUAUCAAAUAUCGCUAAACAACAACCUGCAUCAUCAAAUAUCUCUUCAAAAAUGCUGCCUUCCACAAUUAAGCAAACUGAUAUAAAACAUCAUGUAUCUAAUAAUCAAUCCAAUAAUACUUCUCUCAAACAUAAUAUGGUUACGGCAAAACAUAUUCAAACAUCAAAUAAACAGAAACUCAGCAAUAAACAGCUUCCCAUGUCAUCAAAACACCCUACAUCAACCCUAGUAUCAACUCCUAAAAAAGUGGUUAAUCUAUGUCAGAAUGUGAAACCAACAGUAACACAUCAGUCACCAGUGAAAGAUGUAAAAAAGUGUAUAAAGUGCAAAGUUGUAUCAGAAGAUGAAGUUUGUGCAGCAUGUCGUAUGGCUUCUCAUUUAAAAAAUGUUACAGUCACAAGGAUUGAAACACCUAGUACUUCAGCAAAUAUAGUUCCUGAGGGUCCAAUUGUUACUCCUAUAAAGCCUAUUGAUGUUCCUUCGAGCUCCAUAAAUUCAGUAUCGCUGAAUGAAGAAUCAGAUGUGUUAGUUUUAUCAUCUGGAGAAGAAGACGAUGAUUCUGUGGAACCUGAUAUUACUAAAGUUGAGACAGCCGAAGCUUUAAACAAAUAUACAGACAAAUUAACUUCGAAUCCUAAACUUUUGGAAGAUAAAUUAUGGCAGAAAGACUUGAGUAUUAAAGAUUAUUUUAAAAUUGAAGAAUGUAACUCUGUACACAUUGGUAGUUUCCAAACGGUUCCAGCACGCAACGGUGAUAUGUUAGUUUGUCUGCAUGGAAUACGUAUGGUGAUACGUAAUCUUGAAAGUGAGCCAGUAACUAUUGAUUUACAAAUGGACAAUAUUGUGAAAAUUAUGGCUUUUUAUGGAGAAAAACAACCUUUUAUUAUAAUUUAUACUGACCAUUUAGCUGCUGUUGGCAUUCAGUGUUUAUUAAAUAUGAAUGAAGAUAACAAAAAGCAUUUCUAUAAUCCGCUUAGUAAAGAUGCCGUGGUAAAUAAAAUAAUUUGGUUUUUUCAUUUAAAAAAAAUUGAAUUAGAUCAAUUGGAAAAAGUUUUAAAGAAAUUACCUAAAAAAAAGUAUUCAACCUUGUCCUCAAGCCAUGCCAACAAACUACUUAACUCACGUAUAAAGGAUGAUGAUGAGAGCAAGAAGAAAUGUGAAAAAGAAGAAGUGGAUAAACCUGAUAUGACGUCUGUGAUACUGGUAGAUAGAUUAAGUCAAAGAACCCACUACGUCAGAAUAUUGGACUACAAAAUGUUGAGUUCAACUGAAUUUUUGAAUGAUAUUCUUCUUGAAUAUUAUAUGGAUUAUGUAUAUACUAAUGAAUUAAAUGAAGAAGAAAGAAGCCGUUCGUGUGUCUUCAGUACAUACUUUUAUUCUGUAUUAGCAAAAGUUUUUACUCCUACUGAGAUAUCAAUGAAUUCGCCAGCAAAGGUUAGACACCAAAGGGUAAGAAAAUGGACUAAACAUGUGGACAUAUUCAAGAAAGAUUUCAUUUUUGUACCAAUAAAUGAAAAUUCUCAUUGGUAUAUGGCUGUUAUUUGUUUUCCUCACCUAACGGGUAAGGUCAACGUGAAAAAUGGAGCAUCUGUAAACACACCUGAUGAUACUACUGGUCGAUAUAAAUUGCCACCAUGUGACUCAGUAAAUCAAGAACGUUGUGAAGCUGAUCCUAACGUUGAAGAUCUUUGGUUGUUUGAUAUAAAUACAAAUCUCAACUAUCUAAAUAAAUAUGGAAUUGAUUAUGAAACUGAUGUGGCGAAUCAUAUAAAAAAUAAGCAUACACUAGUUCAACGGCCUUGCAUUUUGGUAUUUGAUUCUUUAUGUGGUGGUCCUUGCCGUGCUAGAAUCACAGCCACACUACGUGAAUGGGUGGAGCAAGAAUAUAUCACUAGAUACAAUGACAGAACAAGAGACUUUAGCCCUAGUAAUUUUAAAGCAUGUUUAGUGAAAGUACCUCAGCAACCUAAUUAUUACGAUUGUGGCCUUUUUGCCCUUUAUUAUUAUAAACUUUUUUUCAAAAAGCCGCUCGUAGAUUACACUUUUCCAAUUCGUUACUUGGAAAAUUGGUUCCAUCCUGAUGAAGUAUCUAAGAACAGCAUACAAAGAAGAGAGCUAAAUAAUCUUAUAUUUGCUAGGAUGAAAGAACGAGGAUGUCAUGUGCCUGCGGGGAUGAAGUUGCCAGUUCUCGAUUUUACCCCCCCAAAAGGCCCCCCCCCGCAAUUCCCUUAUAAUCUUACUAAUCAAUUCAGAAUUACACAACCACCUGAUGCAUCAAAUUCAAUAAACUUGUCAAAUUGUCAGAAUUCAUCAAAUCCUUCAAACCUGCCAAAUCGAAACCCAGGACCCAAUUCUCCUAGACCUUCAACUUCUCAGAAUCAACCAAAAAAUCCAAAUCCUUCAUCUCAAUUGCAAAAUAAUGUUAAUAGAAAUAACAUUAGGUAUCAUAAUAAUCAUCAAUAUUAUGAUAACCACAUUGAAGAUGUUGUAGAGGAAGACUUUGGGAUUGCAGAAGAAGAAAUAAACCUACAAUUUAAUGAAAAUGAUCAAUAUGAUGAAGACGAACAAUAUGAGGAAGAUGGUGAGUAUGAUGAUAGGGGUCAUUUUAAUCGAGCAGAAUAUUUUGCUGAAAUGGGAAAUAAUUUAGAAACUGAUGAAGAUGUUGAUGAUGAAGAAGAACCUAUAAGUGAUACUGAUUCUGAUUCUGAAGAUGUAAAUGUAAAUGAAGAUGAAGCAGAAGGAGAAGAAGUUUUAGAACAUGAGUAUCGCAAUGAACCAUUUCAUGAAUUUCAUCGUAAUAUUCUGCUUGCCGAUAAUGGAAAUGUACCUUAUGUCAAUGGUCCUCGAUUUGUAUUGGGCAAUCACAGAGGUGUUGCCCAUCCUAACGAAAACUUUCAACCACAUCGACCUAACAAUCGUGAUGUAGUAUACAAUAAUGACAAUGAUGAGCUUCAUGAAAUUGAAGAUGAAGAUGAAGAUGAAGAUGAAGGUGACAUUGAUCAAAUUCAACAUCAUAAUCCUAACCACAAUAUUGAUGAAGAUGACUACCCAGAUGAGGCUAAUUUAGUAAAUCAUCAUAGACAUGAUAAUCAUUUUAAUCAUAAUAGACUUGCAAAUUAAAUUAAAUUAAAACAUGUUAUAAUCUCAUUAAAA